UUAGCGCCAGUUCCAGCACGGCUGCAUACGUGGCGCAUUCUGAUGGCGGUUUCUGAACAUAGUAAAUGACGCCGCAGCAGGACCGUCAAGUUUACAACACGAGCUGAUAAAAGCGAGUUAAGGCGCCACGCGCGAGGCCAAUAAAACGGCGCAAAAUAGUCCUUCGCCUGUUGUGUUUGUUUAUUUCGUCAUCAAUCUAUCCGUGAUCUGGUUUCGCGCAAUAUUAUGCAAAUGGAGGUUUCCAACCAUGUGCGUUGUUUUGGGUUGCCGUUGGACCUAAGAUGGCGUCCGUAGAUGUGUAUUGUGUUUGUGGCCAACCGUACGACCCAAAUCUAUUUAUGAUACAGUGCGAUGUUUGUAAAGACUGGUUUCACGGAAAUUGCGUAGAUGUCAAGGAACACGAUGCCUGCGACAUCAUCAAGUACCACUGUCCUCAGUGCCAGUUGACCUUCGGGCCGUCAAUCUGGAAACAGAGGACUAACUGGCAUCGGCACGACUACUCAGAUCCUGAUGCGAGUGAUAAGCCUGUGCAGACAGGCACCUACGUUUUCAUAAAGGAACUCAAGUCGAGGCAUUUUGAAAGUGCGGAGAGCAUAGUGACCCGGCUGAAUGGGGACCAGUUCAACCUGCAGUACCUGCUUCACAGCGGGUUCACUAACCCAGUCUUGGUCACAAAGAAGGAUGGCCUUGGACUUGUUAUGCCACCAGAGGACCUCACUGUCAGUGAUGUCAUGGAUUUCAUUGGGCCGGAUUUCAUGUUGGACGUCAUCGAUGUCCGGAAGCAGGAGGAUCUUAAAAUGACUAUGUCAGAAUGGGUCGACUACUUCAACAGUUACGAUCGCUCCAAGGUCUUCAACGUCAUCAGCCUCGAGUUCUCGGACACCAGGCUGUCCGACUUUGUGAAGCCGCCAUCGCUGGUUCAGCGCAUCAGUUGGGUGGAGAACUGCUGGCCAUCGCAUGUACCCAACAUUGGCGUGUACCAGCGCCCUGCCGUCAUGAAGUACUGUCUCAUGAGCACCGAGAACAGCUUCACUGACUUCCAUAUCGACUUUGGUGGCUCCUCGGUGUGGUAUCACGUUCUCAGAGGGGAGAAGAUAUUCUACUUGAUACGGCCCACCCAGACGAACCUAAGUCUCUACGAGCACUGGAUGGCCUCAGCCAACCAGAGCGAGACCUUCUUUGGGGACCAGGCAGACGCCUGCUAUCGGCUCACCCUCACUGCCGGGCAGACUCUCUUCAUCCCGACUGGGUGGAUACACUCAGUGUACACCUCAGUGGACUCCAUGGUCUUCGGCGGAAACUUCCUGCACAGCUUCAACAUUGGCCUCCAGCUACAAGUGUACGACCUAGAGAAGAGAAUCGACGCCCCGAAUAAGUACAAGUUCCCCUCGUUCGAGACGACCCACUGGUUCGCCGCAUCGUACGUCAUCGAACAGCUGAGAAGUGCAACAGCAUCCGAGUUCAAGCCACCCAGCUUCCUGGUUGUUGGAGCGAAGGCCUUGAUGACUGCACUUAAAAACUGGACUCAAGAGCCCAACUGUAAAUUGGACGCAAUUCCAAGUGGGAUAACUGUUCCAAAGCUCCUCAAGGAUAUGGCCAAGGAAGUCAGAGCAGCAGAGAAGAAGCUGAAUUGCAAGGUUAAGGCUGAGAAAGAGACCAAAAAGGGCAAGCAGGGACCUGCCAAGGCGGCCAAGGCCGUGGUGGCUGCUGCCGCUGGCGUGCAGGAAAAUGUGACCCCUGUGCGGGUCGGUGGGGCUCCCCAGCAGGGCAUCAACAUCAAGGUGAAGCUACCAGUCAAGGCCAAGGGCAAAGCGAAGGGCAAAGGCACUGGUGGCCUCAAGGCCAAGGCCACAGCAGCCACGAAAAAGGCACAAAGUGUGAAACAGGAGAAACCAGCCCCGGCACCGCCACCCGUGAAGCCGCUGCACAAGGAGUCGGUGUACGACUUCAACGAUUCGGACGAUGACGGCCUGGUGGUUGACGAGAACCCGCCCCCACAGCCGCGCCGCUCGUAUCAGCGAGCCGUGGCCGUUCCCGCAACCCCAGCUUUGCCGCCCAUCUCCACGUUCAGCAACAACGCCUCCAUGGGCAACUUCGCGGCGGCGGCUGCGGCAGCCGCGGCUGGCACCACGUCACCUGUGAUGGAUUCCCAGGACAGCAAGCAAGGUUCUCUCAAGCUUCGGCUUUCAUUCAAUGGCAAACCGAAGGUGGAGAAAGGACCUCCGGCAAACAGCAAGGCUGCCAGCGCUCCUGUGGUUCCCAAGACGGCCAGUGGAGAGGACACUGCUGACGUGCCAAAGAACGGAACCAUCGAUGACUUGCUCCUGGCGUCCAGCAUUGCCCUUGACACUGACAGCACACGAGUCAGCCUUGAAGAAGAGUUGGGGGGUGGCCGAGCAUCGCCAUCGACACGGGACGCGAUCCAGGGGAUGCUGUCCAUGUCAAAGAGUGCUUUCACCUUUGGGCCGUGCGACGGGGGUGGACCCAUGGGCCCCACGGCACAGGAGCUCCUCGAGGGAGGCCCGUUGAGCACGGGCCUGGCACUGGGGUUGGCCGGACCGCGUGGAAGGAUUGGUCCGACCCCCAUGCUCAAGCGACCCACUCCCUUUGGCUCUGCCGCCUCCCGGAUGCGAUCCGGCGAGGAAGAAGACCUUGAGGAGUCUCUCCUCAAGGAGUGCCAUGCAGACGACGACUAUGUUUACCCUGGACUGGAAGCCUCGGACGACGAGCUUCGCGUGUUCAAACCUCGGGGGCGAUCAAAGCGAGACGAGGCCUGGAAUCCCAAAGCCAAGCUUGCUCCAAACUGCCCAAAACCACCACGUCCCACAAGAGAGGGAACGCAGAAGAAGUCUGUCAAGCGCACCAUCGAGGACACAGCGUCCAAGCUUGCCAACAAGCCUCCUCCCAAGCGAUCCUACCACCGCAAGAAGUCGCAAGCGCCGUCUAAAGCCAAGGAGAAGGAAAUGGAGGAGUUUGAAGCCGGCCCAUCCACAUCCUCUGCCGUCAGCAAAAAGCCCUCCCUGCCUCCAGAUGCCUUCAGGCUGAAAAAGCCGAAGAAAGGUUUUGCCACUGCAAAGCAGCGCCUGGGCAAGAUUCUCAAGAUCCACAAGAUGAUCUACUGAGAAAGAGACACGCUGAGUGUGUGCUUGUGUGUGCGUGUGUGCAUAUUUUUUUGUGUGUGUUUGUUUUCACCUACAGCAGCCAUGAGCAGCUUCACGGUUUUGUUUCCAAACCGGCGGAUAGUUGUCUUCACGUGUACAUAUUGCUCUCUUCAGCCAUACCUCACUUUUUUUUGUCAUGCCCCACUGUCGAACACAGUCACUUCACACACCCCACCUCCCGCCUGCCUCUUCUAACCUACAUUUGUCUUCGGCGAAUUGCCUCAGGGCUUCAUGGUGUAAAGCACAUGCGUUUCAUAAGGCACAUUACGCUAUUCAUAGAGUAUUUGGUGUGCAUACAUAGAUAUACUAUAUUAUAUACAUAUAUGUAUACAUAACACAUAUAUACACAUAGAUAUAUGCGUACCGCAUGCCUGAUAUAUAUAUAUAUAUAUAUAUAUAUAUAUUUCUCUAAAAUCUCCAUUUUGUCAGGCUUUUAGACUGUUCAUCACAAGAGGCCCAUUCAAACAAGCGUGACCAGUUCAAAGUGACUCGUAAGAGGUCAGUCAGCGUCACAUACCACACUUUUUUGAAUGCCGUGAUAGAAGGCAACGCAUAGGCUUUGUAUAUGCCAUUUUGUAAACAGGUGAUUGCGCAGCUUUUCUUUUUUUUUUUUUUUUGCUAGAAUCAUCCAUGUCGUCUAGGACAAAAUAUGGACGGGGACGCACUCGGCGGCUUUGCAUGUAGAGCAUCUUCUUAGAUGACGUAGCUGUGAAAAGUUUGGCCACGUCUGUACUCGACGUAUUUCUGAAGCCCUUGACGGCUUUGCAGCACAACAUGAUUGAAAGCAAACUCCUUUUAAUUUAAUUUUAUUUUAUUUUCUGUACAGUUUCUUGCAUUACUGCCAUCGCAAAAUCUGGCAGCUCUGUCAGUGCGACUUUUUUAACGGACACUGCGACAGCAUGGGAAUGCUGAGGUAUAUAGAAACUUUAAUGUGUUUCAAAUGAGGCUUGGUCUAAAGCGCAUCACCGCAGCUCCGCAAACAAAGUUUUCUUGAAAUUGUUUUUUUUAUAACAAGCCUUGAUUCUCCUGUAAAGCAUCUCGCAUUUGUGCGUCCUCAGUUACGACAGGUAAACAAAGAAAUUGUGAACGUCACCUUGAAAGUGGUGCACAAUGUGGGAUGGCAUUCUCGUUCUUUAUCUAAAUUUAGCAUCCUACAAAUGGUAUCAUUCACGUUUGGUAUAACUGUACACCUUAGCACGCAAUACACAAUUUCUUAUUAUUAUAGCAAGGACGCCAUCUCAAAGGCUGCUCUACACAGACUAAAUGGGCGUGAAAGAUGGACCAUCAGUCAUGCACUUGUUCCAAAUGUCUAGGCUCUUUAAGAAAGAGGCCAACCCAAAGCCUCUUCCCCUGCUUCUCAGCAUUCCCAUGUGGCAAUGGUACAGUACCGCCACUAUUUCUGUGGUGGUAACCAUAAAGAACUCUAUGGUUUUCAUCAUAAGUGGAGCUGUACUAUACAAGGAUUUUGUUGUUUAUAAUAUAUUGAAUGAAUUGAAAAUCAGAGGAAGAAAAAAAAACAAUGGCUCUGCCAGGAAAGGCUCUAUUUAUUAACUUUUUUAAUUUGAUGUUUUGAAUGCAUUUGUUGAACUGAGAAAGGAGGUAACUCCUUUUUGUUAUUUCUCUCUCUCUCUCUCUCUCGCUUGUCUUUUUUUUUUUUAAAGAGGGGUGAUCAAAAUAGGUUGUACCUUUGGGCGAUUUGGUAAUCCGUAAUAACAAAAAUAUUUAGCGCAGAAAAAAAAAAGACUGGGACGACGACAAAACAAGUGCGCGUUCGUCAUCUUGUCUUCUUAUUUCUGCGCUGGACAUUCUUGCUAUUAUGCUGAUGAGCAGCAAGAAUAAGUGUGGACCAGCUUGCUUAGUCACUGAAGGAGUGUAGAAAAUAGCCAAGCCAGAUACCACAAGGUAUGGCUGUCCUUAACGGCUUCACGUUUUGUUUUGUUUUUCUUUUGCCGAUGUCGAUUACACGAACACUCGAGACGCGUUUACGUUGUCACAACGCCAAUGACGCAUGUGCACCUCUUGGAGAGCUCGGUUUGGCUGCAAAAAAUGACGGGAAGCCGAGCGUGACGCACCACUUCUCAAGUGGCUCUGUUGCAGCCAGGGCAGCAUUGCGACUUCUGCUGCUAGCAUCAAGCAUAUUGCGUGCCCUUCUUAGCAUUUCUGCUGGACAGCUGUGCGCAUACUGCACUGUACACUGGUCCGACUAGUACGGAUUGUAAACGCUAAGCCGAGUCUUAUGUAAUCCUUUCGUUGAGCACUGACAAAUGCUGACAGUUCUCCGUCAGUAUCAUCUUGUGCGCAUUGAGGUGCCGUGCCUGUAACGCUGCUGCCAGCAUUCCCCGUUGAGCCAGUUUUGUGACGUGCCUGGUAUCUGCCACGAUGCAGUAUUUACUGCGUAGCACCAGUUUGUCUUGCGUGCUGCGUCGCGCUGUGUUGCCUCCACGUAUGGGUAGAAUGCUGUGUGGGGUGCUCGAGCGCUACGCUAACCCUUGCUAUCGCUUUCAAUGCUUUGCCUUCGAACGAAACUGACUAUUUUUUAUUAUAAUUUUUUUUUCAUUGCGUUUGACGACAGUGCUUAAUAGAGUGGCGACAUUGUACGAGCCAUUGCCCACAGCGAAGCAGCGUUUGAGUGUCGGCGUCUUUUCUGUGUGUUGGUGUUGCGAUAUUUAUGAAAGUUUUUACCUUUCCACUUGGACUUGCCUGUGUACAUCUGUGAGACCUUUCGUUGUUUGUGUUGCAAGCCUUGAAACGUUUAUAAAAAUAUUGAAUUCUUUGUUUUUGUUGUUGUUGUUUCUGGAAAAACUGUCAUGUGGUUUCUGGAGAGUGGUUGUGUUGUUUGUCCUUGCCAGCCUGGUUCGAGAGUUCAGGUCGAAGAUUUGCAAUGGGCCCAAAGGCCUGUUUACAUGUGUUUCGGUGUUUUUUUUCUACAUCUGCAUGUGCUUCCAAGUGUGGAAAUAAUCGGCUAUUUGAUGUGAUUGUCACGUUAACCAUUUUCAUGGCUCCUUCGCCAUUUCUGCCAAAACCAAAUGCCGCAUCUUCACCCGCAUUACCCUCUCCUACAUAGAGCCGAUACCUCAAACUGUAACCCUCAGAAAACGGGUGGGGAAAACCUGCUUCUAUAAGCUGUGCAAGUAACUGCAUACAACAUACAUGUUUUUGUAGAAACAAUCAAGCACAGUUUUUGAAACAAAGGAAAGCUCCAAAAGCCUUGUUUUGUACGUUCAGCCGUUGCCGUUUUCGACACCGUUCCCUCGUGAAGCACACUGUGGCUUUCUGGCAGUGAAAGCCUUGCCUUCUUAUGAGGCUUCAUAGUAAUGUGUAAUGCGUUGCCAUGAAGCUUCACUUGAAGGCGAAGCUUGUGCAUACCUGGCACUCUAUGAUGCUUUACGAGCAUUGCUCUAUCUUUUGGUGUGGCUUGUAUGUGCGAAAAUGUGGUAGGUUGCAGGGCCUUUGGACAGCUCACGCUUUGUUAUCUGUACAUAUACUGGUGUAGUGCUUGAAGUGAUCUAGGCAUUGCAAGAGUUCACAAAGUGGUUGCAAGUACAUCUUGUCCAACGCUGUCUUGAUGCUUUUAAUGCAUAGCUUGUACAUAGUUGCUGUACAUAGCGUGUUUUAAGAAUAAACACAAGUUUACGGUACCUUAGCAGGACUUUCAGCCAUA